AUGAGCUCUUUGUCGAUCGAGAAUCUGCAAGCUCUCGUGAUUCUCGCAUUCGAUGACCUUGGAAGUGGCGCCAACAAUAGAGCUUGGACACUGAUCGGCGUUGCAACUCGUGCAGUACAAUACCUGCAGCUCACCAAGGAGCAAACUCGACCCGAUUUUCGACCCUUCUGUGCGCCUUAUGCUCCUCUUGGGCGAAGCUUGGACUGGACGGAAGACGAAGACCGACGGAGAGUUUUCUGGUGCGUUUUCCUCCUCGAUCGACUGUGUACGACAACUACUGGUCGGAGCACCAGCCUCGUGCCUGAGAAAAAUCGGCGGCUACCAUGCGAUGAUCAUGUUUGGCGCAAGCAAGAAGCCGUAUCGACACCAGCAUUCGGGCUCUGGGACAAGUCCAGAGGGCACGACUACGAUCCUGCGCAUCUGCCGGUCACGCAAGACACUACAGACAAUAACGUGGGCAGAAAUGCGCUGCAUGACAUCUCUCAGCCGCAAGCUGUAUCGGCGACGCCGUCAGACAUGUCCACAGUGGGUGCAUUUGCAUACAACAUUGAGGCAACAGAGUCCAUGAGCCGUGUCGAUCUGGAGAACUACAAUGAUUUGACCUCCUGGCUUACCCGUUUCGAAGAACUCGACCUCCGCCUCGUCCAUUGGAAGAUGCUUCUGCCACAGAGGUGGAAAGUGAAUCCGAACAUGACUCGUCAGGUACCACUCAUGGAUCCCAAUCUCACUGCAGCGCAUCUUAUCCACAACGCAUCUAUGAUACUUCUGCACCAGGUUGUCGCGUAUCCGCCCGCGACCUGGAGGUUUGGCAGUCGACUUCCGAGCUCUUGCAGCGCGGAAGCUUGCUACUCCGCGAGCACGGAGAUCGCAUUGAUAUCGCAGAAGUAUUUAAGCAAGUCUCCAGUCGACUCGCCAGUCAGCAGCCAAUGCGCCUUCUGCCUGUUCAUCGCCGCUCGAGUCUUGCUUAUCCACUGGCGCUACACGUUGUCCAGUCAGCUGGCCCCAGAAUUCUGGACGAUCAUACACUGUCUCGAUCAAAUGGCAACGAAAUGGAGGUUUCCAAUGACCUAUGCAACGAAUGACCCCAUCAAUCUGUUCUCGAAGCAUGCGACUACACUCAAAGAUCUGUACAACUAUCAUGCCAUGGACGCUACGUAUCGUCUCGACGUAAAUGGUUACAUAGGCGAUCUCAACCUCCCUUGCCGCUCACAAGGCCUUGCCGGUACCGGAACAGUCGGAACCGAUCAACUGAUUGCGGUCCAAGAAGGGCUUAAUGGGGCAGGCACGAGGUGCUCGGCUGACCUCAGCUCCAUCGAUGAUGUGCCUCAGCUAUUGGCCGACCAAGACUUCUUCGACCUUGACCGUAUCAUUGCGUUUGACGACGGAUGUAUGUUCACGGCAGCCUUGGACAGUUUGGUAGGCCACGGGUGA